AUGACUUUUACAAAGGAUGUUCGAAUUAUUCCAAUUUGCCAAAACAAAUGGCCACCAGAGGGUGUGGUCAUGUUUCCAUAUAACCCAGUAAUCACAAUUUCAGGACAGAGAAAUGGAGUUGUCUAUCUUGGUGAUGACGUAUUGCUUACCUGUAAAGUAGACAGCACUUCUCCUUCAACCCUGGCGUGGCACAACCAAACUGAUCUAAUCAAAGAAACACACGGAACAAACAGUUUGGACCUUCAUAUAGCCAAUAUAUCGCUUAACCAUUCUCGGAUUUACACCUGCACGGCACAUAAUAACAUCGGUGGAACCAAGACAAGAAGUGUAUCCCUGACAGUGAAAGAGAAAACAUUUUCUAAGGCAGUGACAGGGUCUAGUAGUAUAUCCACAGUAGUACCAGUUGUUGUUUGCUGUACAGUUGUAGUGGUUGCAGCAGUCAUAGUCAUUGUAGUGUUUGUCACUUAUCUCAAGAGGCGACAGAAUGCACAAGUGGAAAUCAAAGAAACAAAACAAAGGAGUUCAGAUCCUGGAAGAAAUGGAAAUGGUAUGUUUCAACAAUCUGAACCAACAGAUACUAACGAUGAUAACAAGGCAUCAGCGAAACAUGAAGAUGGAGCCAGUGGUCAACGAGAGUAUGAAAGUAUAGAUCCGGUUGAAAGAGAAGAAACAAAUGAAAGAGAAGAAACAAAUGAAAGAGAAGAAACAAAGGUCUAUUCAGAACUGGAUUAUGAUGAUGUCAAUGUAAAUCUAAAUACCGGAGCGGGAACCAAGUUUGUACGUGCAAAACUAGAUGUUAAGCAAGCCUCAGACAAUAAUGACAAAAGCCGUUCGAAAGUACCCCUGCAACCAAGCAACGUGACUGUCUAUGUAAAUACGGAUCAACAACAGUACGAGAGUGUAGUACCAACAACAGAUAGGGAGGAGACGCAUACCUAUUCAAAAUUAGGCGGUGAUGACGGGAAAACAAACUUGCAGUCCCAAGGAGAUGUCAGCCUUGUGCUUGCCGAACUUGAUCUUAAGCGAAAUUCAGACAAUGCUGUCAGGAAACCUUUACUGGUACGGGAUGAGCCAAAUAAUGGGACUCACUACGUUAAUGCAAAACAACCAGUUUAUGAAGGGCUGGAACAAAAAGUGGACAUGGAAGAAACCCAUUAUUCAAAACUAGAUUGAGAUGAUAGUUGUUCUUGUGCAUGCUGGAUAACUGGUAAUUGACGAGAAGUGAACAAGUUGUAUGGAACAGUUGAAUAAGUACAGAUGUGAAUACACAGAAGGCACUUUUUAUAAAAUAUCAUGGCUGGCCGUUGACAAACAGACAAAGUGGUACCAGAAAGAACAUGUCUUGUUGUUGUUAUUGUAGAUAUUCUUUGUUAAUCAAUUAAUAUCAUUCAUAUAUAUUUCUUAUUAUUGCUCUUGUCUAGUGUUCAGAUUUGUUUUAUUUCUUUGUAUAUAUUACCCUUAAUAAAAAAAUUAUUCAGUUUCAGUUUAUAUAUUAAUGUAUUGUUUUGUUUAUGUUUAGCGAGAGAAGGACAUUCUCUAACUUUGUCAAAAUUUGUUGUUUGAACCUUUUGUUAUUGUUUGUAGAUGUAUAUAAUUCCAUUGAGCAAAUUGAGCAUAUUUUAACAUAUAAUAUUAUAUAGGCCAACUAAAUAUAACCAUGUGACUGGUCAUCAUUUUCUUUGCAGCUCUUAAUCACAAUGCGAACAAUUUGAACCAGAAUGAUAUUAGAACGCCUUUUCAUCGUGUUCUCUCAUUGUGUGUUCUCAUAUCAUCGCCUCGUAUUCUCGUGUCAUUGCCUCGUCUCCUUAUGGCAUCGCAAUAUAUGCUCAUCCAUCGCAUUGUGUCCGCGUUUCAUGGCUUCGUAAUCCCGUGUCAUCACCUCUUGUUCUCAUGUCAUCGCUUCAUGUGCCAUUAUAUCGUGUUCUCGUGUCAUUAUUUAGUGUUUUUUGCCAUUGCAUCGCGUUGUCGGAUCUUGUUCUUGUGUCAUCGCAUUAUAUUCUCGUAUCAUCUCAUCGUGCUGUCGUGUGAUUGUGAUAUGUUUGUAUGCCUUCUCUUUGUGUUCUCAUGUCAUCGGAUCGUAUUCUUACCCCUAUCAAUCGGAAGGCCAAGAAUGCAAGCCAAAAAAGGCACUUACGAAAAACCUUAGUAUUGUAACUGUUACAAUGCGCAUGAGGAGGAUUUACGUAACCACAUCAAAAAGUCAUCAUUGCACAUGACAGUUAUUCCGAAUCUGCAGCAGAUAAUCUAAUGAGCAUUGAUAUAUCCUUUCAUUUUUACGAUUUCUGUACGAAAACAAUAUAUUUCCCAUAACUUUAAUUAAGCUUCAGUGUAAAAACUAUGAAGUAGUAGAGUAAACAUGUUCAGAAUUAUAAUUGUGCAAAAGAAAUGUUGAAAUCUUCAAAGGAUACAAUUCGAUUAUAGGCCGCUUUAUAUGUUUCAACAAAUAUUUUCUGUAUUUUUUUUAUACUCUUAUCUGAACAGUUGGUCAUCGGAUAUUUUUAUUCAAAAUGUAGAAAAUAGUAAUGUAAUUGUGUUAUGAAGUACUUUUAUUGUCUUCAAUAAAUACCAUUUGAAUUGAUUUAUGUUCAUGUAAACUCAUCUCUCAUAUUUCUAUUUAAAACUAUUUUUGAAUAAUUCAUUACAAUGCAUGUUAAUAUACUAAGUAAUAAGCAGUGAGACUUGAAUAUAACUUCGAGCAUAAAAUAACGCCACACCUCGUUUUGAAACAAAACUUUUUUAAAAGACUGUAGCUAUAUGUAGAAUUUAAUCAUUUUAAACAAGUGUUUACAAACAUUACGCUUAUAUCUAAUUUACUUGGGAAUUUUGGAUGCAGUUUUAGAGUAUUGUUAAGAUUAAGCACCUCUCUUUUAUUUCUGCAUUGCUGUAGAAUGAUUCACUGGACUAUAUGUUUUUUUUUUCAGUUUUAAUGCGUUUGCAGUUUUAAGUAUUUCUGUGAAAGGCAGUGAAUAUAGAACUUAUUUUGUUUCUGUUGGGUUUAACGUCACGCCGACACAAUUAUAGGUCAUAUGGCGAAUUUCAGAUUCCGAUGGUGGAGGAAGACCUCGGAUGUCUCUGUGUAUGUGUCAGCACUUGAGGGCACCUGGGUAAAACCACCGACCAUUCGUAUGCCAGCUGGAUUGCUUUCUCACUUGAGAAAUUCAAUGCCCUGAGCAAGGACUGAAGAAAAGAACACUCAUUGACAUACAGUGCUUGUAUUAUUGACAAACCAGGAAUCUAGGUAUCAGCAAUAUCAGGAUCAUUUAACCUUUUUAGACAGUCUCACGCGUAAAAAUACGUAUUCUUUAUCAUAUAAUUCUUUGUUUCAGUAAAGUGGCUGCCUGUGAAAUAAAAAUAAAAAAUAAAUUCGUGAAAAUUUAUGAUAAAAUGAACAAGAAUGUGUAAUCUUGGAUUCAGAGCUCGUAGACUUUACCUGGUCGUUUGCACGCCUUGUGUGAUCUUAGCCUGGCAAAAUCUCCUUGUCUACAAAAGAACAUCACAGAUCAAAUUACUGUUGUAAAGUAGAUAGUCCUGUUGUUUCAAAUGUGAUACGUUUGGUAACAAAGUCAAAUGUUUAAAAACAAAAUACUGAAUUAAUUAUAAUGAAAUGUUGAUCAAUUCAAUUGCUUGUGAACUUAAGGAUGUGCUUACCCAUUAUUCAGUUAAUGCUUGUAAAAACAUAACGAAAUGUUGAUUUUUACUGCAUUCGUGUUUAAAAAUUAGUUUUCAUAUCCUUCAAAUAUCAGUUCAACCUAUCCGUUUUGCUAAACACGUGUAUACAUUCCCCCAGUAAACGUGCUUCAAGAGACAUCGGAAACGUAUGCAAAUUAUGAAGUGACAUUAUUUUAUGCUUGGAGCCUUCACUUGUACAUAUUGGAUUGUGUUGUAUUGUAGUGUUUUGUAUUACAUAAGAAUUCAUAUGUGA